AAUUAUUCUUCCUUUAACAGAAGUAAUAUAAUAUUUCUUCUCGUCCUUCGAGGAGUGUUUUUACUGUGUUCUUUGAUGAAAUGGCAAUCAGUGAAAAAGUAGAAAAUGAAGAGUUGCCAGUUACCGUGGAAACCAAUGGAUGUGUCGACCACCAACCCUUGAAAGAUGUGAAUGAUUCGAAAAUAGGAAUCAUCUCAGUGAGAUGGACGGCUGUGAUUGUGACGUUUGUUGGGUUCACGGCGUCGAUUGCGUUGCAAUCCACGACCAACAUAGCUUUGGUGGCAAUGGUCAACUUUACAGCUGUCAGAGAGCUUGGACAUGAAAGGCAGCUGAACUCAACCGAAAGCUUUUCAAAUGAAGUGAAGGAAAUGGAAAACGAAAGCCAAACAUUGGCAUUCAACGAUGAGAGAUGCUUCGAGGAUGACAUUUUCGAAGAAGAGAUUGUGCCAGGUUCAGAAAAUGCGUCUCAUCCGAUUUGGAAGCGUGAAGACGGUCCUUUUGUGUGGGAUGAAACGACGAGGCCAAAACGAGUGUUUCUCGGCGUCCUUGUGUCGGCGUCACUCGUCACUUCCCUUGUUCCGGUUUUCGCCAAUUUCGGCAAGACCUGGAUCAUCGCAAUCCGGUUUUGCCAGGGCGUCAUAUACGGACCUUCCUUUCCCGUUCUGAAUGUGGUAGUUUCCCGGUGGGCAAUUCACCAUGAAAGAAGUCGAAUGGCUGCUGUUUUGUAUUCAGGUGGAAUGACAGGAAUGCUGAUUGUGAAUUACGUCGGAGGAGUGAUUCUACCCAAGUUUGGAUACGCCGCUUUGUUCCACAUGAUGAGUGGCAUCAAUGCUGUUUGGGCAAUCGUUUUUUGGCUGGUCUUUCACGACAGCCCGAAAUCCCAUCCCAAAAUUUCUGGAGAGGAAUUGGCUCUUUUCCCAGUGAUGGGAUCUGCUCAGAAACACCAGAGUGGAACAUUUUCUGCUGUUCCAUAUAUUGUUCGGGUUGUGUUUUCCUUGGUGUUCAGCGUCUUCAUCGACUGGACAAUCAAGAAGCAGUUUCUUUCGAAAUGUGUCAUCAGGAAACUUGCUACUGGUCUCGAUUGCUUUGGAUCAGCACUUUGCUUGAUGAUGGUGUCACAAGUGGGCUGUGAUUGGCCUUUGGUGGUUCUGGCCUUGACGAUUUUUGCUACUCUUGGAGGAGCUUCUUAUUCCGGUUUCAGUGCAGCCAUGAUGGACAUGACUCCUCAUUUCUGUGGUACACUCGGAGGACUGGCGUCGAUGGGUUACACACUCGGUGGAAUGUUGACCCCAGUUGCUGUUGGCCUGGUUUUGCAAGGAAAACAAAACUUGAGCAGUUGGGCGAUAAUUUACCAAUUCGGAGCAGCUCUUCAUGUCGUCAGUGGGUUUUGCUUUUGGAUUCUCGGGACGACGAAACGACAAGAUUUCGACCCGGAAAUCCGCGAAGAAACGACUGCUGAUGAGGAUGAACUGAAGAAUUUGAAAGCGGAAGUAGAAUAA